AUGUCCAAAGAUUUCUCAGAUAAAAAGAAGCAUACGAUAGAUCGAAUUGACCAGCAUAUCCUUCGUAGGUCUCAACACGAUGUUAAUCCCAAUGGAAGUUCCCCGUGGAUGAAGACCAAAUUACCACCACUUCCAUUUCCACAGGCUCACAUGCAUAUACAAAGUGAUCUAUCACCAACCCCAAAGAGAAGAAAACUAGCAUUUUCAAGCAACUACGACAAUAAAGAACUUGAUUUAUCUGCAAAUUACAAGAAUUUAUAUUCAGAAGAUGAAGGAAGUAAACUAGUACAAAAACUUCCUGAGUUGCCCCCUUCUAAUAGUGACAGUGUAUCUCCGGUCACAAAAAGUGUAGCUUUUUCUGAUAGAAUAGAAUCAUCACCAGUUCAUCAUGUACCAGGUUCGUCACCGAAACCAUCUCCAUCUAACAGACCAGGAAAGUCAAUUUUGAGAAAUAAGAUGUCUUCGGCGAGAACUGUAAGUGACUUGAGUUACAAUAAACUCCAACAUCCUGAACACAGAUUGCACAACGGUAAUAUUCUCACGUCACCAUAUAAGGAAACAAUUGUGAUAAAUCCCCGUACUUUAAAUUAUUGGGUCAGUGGUGAAAUCCAUGGUUUAAUCGAUAACGAAAGUAUUUCAGAAUUUAAAGAAAUUAUAGAGGGCGGAUUAAACAUCCUACGCAAAGAGUCCGAGGAAUAUGUGGCGAAGAGGUUUGAAGUGUAUGCAACAUUUAACAAUAUUAUACCCAUUUUAACUACUAAAAAUGUUAAUGAAGUUGAUCAAAAAUUUAACGUUCUCAUUGUUAAUAUAGAAGCUAUUGUUGAAAUAUGCAUGCCGCACCUUCAGACGGCACAAGAAAAAUUACUAAGUAGCAAUGAAAAGAAAAAUCCAUUUAUAAUUAGACUGUAUGUUCAAAUAGUUCGCUUUUUUGCUACCAUUAUGUCUAGUUUUAAGAUCGUAAAGUGGUUAAUGAAAAGACCGGAUUUAGUUAAUAAACUGAGAGUCAUUUACAGUUGGACCACUGAUGCACUAAAAAAUGAAAACUCAAAUAAGAUAAUAAUAAUUGCACAAGUUUCCUUUCUAAGAGACGAAAAGUUCGGCACUUUCUUUCUAAGCGAUGAAGAAAUUAAACCAAUUAUUAGCACUUUUACUGAAAUAAUCGAAAUUAAUAGCCACAACCUAAUAUACGAGAAACUGCUACUUAUAAGGGGAUUUUUAAGUAAAUAUCCUAAAUUAAUGAUUGAGACGGUGACUUCUUGGCUACCAGGUGAGGUUUUGCCUAGAAUCAUCAUCGGGGAUGAAGUCUACUCCAUGAAGAUUCUCAUAACUUCAAUAGUCGUACUAUUAGAACUGCUGAAAAAAUGCUUGGAUUUCGUUGAAGAGCAUGAAAGGAUUUACCAGUGUAUCAUGGUUUCUCCAAUAACCGAAACAAUCCCUGAAAAAUUCUUAUCGAAACUACCGGUGAGCUCACAUGACACUGCUUCUUUAGGUAAAGUGACAAUUGGACAUCUACUCACUCAGCAAGUAAAAUACUAUAUCGUACACAAACAUGACAACAAAAUAGCAAUGGAUUUAUGGCUUUCAAUAACUGGGUUACUAUACGAUAACGAAAAAAGGGUUUAUGACCUGACAUUAGAAUCGAACGAAGUUUGGUUUGGUCUAAAUAAUCUAUGCUUCAUCAAUGAUCAUCCAAAGACUCGGCUCAUGUCCAUCAAAGUUUGGAGAAUUAUCACUUACUGCAUUUGUACGAAAAUUUCGUUGAAAAAUCAGGAAGGGAAUAAAAGAUUAUUUUCACUUUUGCAAACUCCUUUUCAAAUGACACUGUCUCAUGUUAACGACCCAAGCGCUAGAGAAGGAAUCAUUUACCAUCUUUUGGGCGUUGUUUACACUGCAUUUACAAGCAAUAGGAAUCUGUCUACAGACAUUUUUGAGCAUUUUUGGGAUCAUCUGAUAGCACCGAUUUAUGAAAAUUAUGUUUUCUUGUAUGAUUCUAUACAAUUGCAAAAUAUACUUUUCACAAUUUUGCAUUUAUUAAUCGGGGGAAAGAACAACGACUUUGCAACGGAAAGAAGGAACAAAAAACAUAUUCAUCCCAUGAGUGUCAUAGCUUCGGAGGGUGUUAAAGUCAAAGACAUUUCAAGUAUACCCUCACAAAUCAUCAAGUAUGCGUAUGAUAAAAUUAUGAAGGUUGUGUUUAAGGCUGUUGAAGUAGCCAUGUCUAAUGUUAAUCUCGCCCAUGAUUUAAUUCUCACGUCAUUGAAACAACUUCCAGAAGACAAGAAAGAUCAGAACCACUUGGAAGCGUUUCGUACUUUGAUAUUAAAAGUUGCGGCGAAUAAUAAAGAUAAACCAAUUUUUCGCGAUUUUUUUGUAACAGUGAGUUCGUCGUUUGUUUAUGCGUUUUUGGAGUUAUUCUUAAAGAAGCAUGAUUCAUCGUUAGUAGAAUUCAGUAUCCAACUUUCAAAAGUUGGUAUUCCUCAAGGUAACAUGACUCUAGAUCUCUUGAAAGAUGUUAUCAAGAAAGCUCGCAACGAAACAUCUGAAUUUGUAAUAAUAGAAAAGUUUUUAGAGCUGAAUGAUAAGAAAACUGAAGUUUACGCUCAGAACUGGGUUGGAUCAACACUACUACCACCAAAUAUAUCCUUCAAAGAAUUUCAGAGCUUGGCCAAUAUUGUGGAUAAAGUUCCGAAUGAAAACUCUAUUGAGAACUUUUUGGAUCUAUGCUUGAAGCUUAGCUUUCCUGUUAAUUUUUUGACCCUACUUCACGUGUCUAAAUGGUCCAACAAUAAUUUUAUUUAUUUCAUCCAAAGAUUUUUCUCAAAAAACGAUGAAAAAUUGAACGCAGAUCUGAUUACGCUAUUGAAAACCUCUUUACCAGGGAACCCUGAACUAUUCUUCGGUCUGGUUCCUUUUUUGAGGCGUAACAAGUUUAUAGAUAUAUUGAAGUAUUGUAUUUGCUCCAAUCCUGCUUUAUUAAAUUCCAUUACUGAUUUGAAUUCCGAUUUCCUAAUGCAACUGCUGCCACUCAGUAGAGCGUCCUAUUUUGCAGCAAACAUACAAUUAUUCAACAAUUCUGAACAACUUACAAUAAUUCGUUGGCUACUAAAGGGCCAACUACUUGAAGAGAUAAAUCAAAAUUUCUCAGAGUUCAAAAGUUCGCUACAAAAUGCAUCUGGUCACGAGUUAGAAAGAUCAGAGAUAAUCAGAGAACUUCUUCUUUUAACGGCCAAAAAUCCUAUUGAACCAUUAUUGGGUGGUCUAUUAGAAAUUUGCGUUGAGAAUAGCAUCAUCGACUGUUUAAAUGAAUUCUGUGAAGCCAUAACUGACGAAUUACUCUUGAAAAUAAAUGCCGAACUAAUGAUACGAUUACUGACCUAUAGGGACAACCCAAAUGAGGCACUACUAACAGCAGUUACGGAAAGAAUUAGGAAUGCAGAUAGUGAUUAUACAUUUGAGUUUAUUGGUAAAAUCGUUGCACGAAAAGAAAUUCUACUUUUAGAGAAAUUAAAGGAACCACUUCUAGUUUUUCUUCUUAGCCCAGUUAGAUCCAGCGAGCAAAAGUAUGACGAAAGUGCCAAUAUUCUUCGCGAACUCGUCCUGUUAUAUCUCACUAAACCGCUUACAAGAAGUGCUGCUAAAAAAUUCUUUUCCAUGUUGGUCAGCAUACUGCCAUCAAAUCCUAACCAUCAAACUAUCGAUAUGGUUUAUUUGUUAAUUGAUCUCAUUAAAUCACAUAAUCGUAAAUUCAAAGAUAAACGAACUUAUAAUGCGACAUUAAAAAGGAUAAGAAAGUGGAUACAAGAAUCGGAGGUUGAUCAGCAAGAAGACUCAAGAAAGGAAAUUGACACUACAUAUAGCGCUAACUCAAUAAAUAUACCAGAUAAAGAGAGCGAAAAGAACGUUUUAAACUCACAGAGAGGAUCAAAUUCUGAAGACAUCCAGGUUCCAGCUACACAAGGGAUAAAGGACCUUCCCUCGUCACUUCAGUUAUCUUCUCAAAAUGAUAUAAAAAGUUCCCAUACAAUAAAGCUAAAAAACUUUCCUAUAACGAAUCUUGCACAACCAGAAAUACUUGCCGAGAUAAGCAGGUCGUCUACUAAUGAGUUUUUAGGAGAAGCUGACGGUGAAAGCACCGGAGAAGGGGACCAGCAGGCGAAUACUACGCAAUUGGAUGAUAAGACUAUUAAUGAUAAAAGCAUCUAUUCUACCAACAACGGCGAAAUGCAAGUUACUGAACUCCAAGAAUAUAGCGGCGUACAUCCUUCUAAAGCGAACUCAGACCAACAGACAGAGGUUGUCAUUGAUAAACUAGAGGGAGUGAAAAAGGAGUUGGUCAAAACGAGCCUUGAUCAAAAUUUGGUUGACAAUGAUGAUUUAGUGCAGUGUUUUCCAGGAGAAUCUCCUGUCCUUGAAGACAAAAGACCAAAAGAUCAUGAAAAGGAUAAAAAGAUGGGGGAUGUUUCAUCUUUUGAGGAGGAGGGUGUAUCUUCUAGUACUGAAUUAGUACCUACUAUUGUAAAAAGUGUAAGUCAACAACUCUCCACGAUACCAAAAGGGAGCGAAAAAGCAGACUUGAACUGUAGUGGAAACUUAUCCACGAUCACCUUAAGCUCUAAUGAUCAAGCUAUGACAAACAAGAACGGAAAAGAACAACGAGAACGAACCGAUAAUUUGGAGAAACAAGAUAGUAUAAAUAAUAUUAAUAAGGAAAGUUUCAUGCAAGACAAAAUUACCCAAAACGAACCCGUAAAGGAAACCGCUCUUCAAAUCAGGGAAGAUGAAGGCAAAUACCGAACUUGUAUUGUUGAACGAGCUCUGCCAAUUAUUAAUGCGGAGCUGAGUGACGGGCUUCAGAACUCGAGUGGGAUCAUGUUGGUUAACGGUUUGAAACAGAAGGAAGGAUCAAAAGUAGAUACCUUAAAUCAUGGCGAAGAUGAAAAGGUCACCUUUGCAGAAGAAGAUCCUCAAAUGAUUUCAGUUAAUAGUAGCAAGGAAAACGCACAGAGCAUUGAUAGCGUGCCGAUGCAAAAUGCUGUGAAAGGAUCCGUAGAAGCUAUUACCACUGAGGAAACGCUCACUGUACAUUUAAGAGAUAGUGAAACAACUGAAUUCAAUAAAAUGAUGGAGAGACAGCAGAGGAAAGGUCAAAAAAUAAACACUAACGACGAUUUCGCCCCAGUUGAUGAGAAUGACAGAAAUGAGGGCUUUUUGGAAGCAAUGGAGCAAGUGGCAUCUAGAGAAACAAGUCUCUUGAAAGAACAAACUGAAGUAGCAGAUACUUCAGUGCUACCGGAAAUACGCAUACCCAUUUUCAAUUCUUUGAAAAUACAAGAAUCGAAUGGCCAAAUAAAGCAAAAAUUGAAAAUGAGAUUACAGAGAAACGAAUCAAUGCCCCCAGAUUCACCUCCACGUGUUGCGUCCAAUGCAAAUACCAACAAUGUACUCAAUGACUCAACCUCUGUUGGAAAAGAGGGAAAAUAUGACGAAAUUCAAUUGGCCCAAUCACAUAUUGAAAAAGACGGCGACCCUUUGUUAGUAGGGGAAGGAAACGAAGAUGCUACAUCUAGGGAAGCUACACCUUCUUUAAAAAUACACUUUUCCUCAAAAAAGUCGAGAAAACUAGUGAGCAGGUUGAGGGGGUUCACACCAGGGGAUUUGAACGGGAUCUCUGUAGAGGAAAGAAGAAACUUAAGAAUAGAAUUACUGGAUUUUAUGAUGAGGCUCGAGUAUUACUCAAACAGGGAUGAUGAUAUGGUUUGA